AUCGACCCUCGACGACGCAUAUCCCAAAUCAGUCAAGAUGCAGUUUACCCUCGUUACCGCUCUUGCCUUCGCCCUCGGCGCCCUCGCUGCUCCCCAGCUCGGCGGCCGCCCCACCAACCGCAUCCCUCCCGUCCCUGGUGAUGUCACUGUCGGCCAGGCCGGCGACACCUGUGGCUCUGACCUCGACCUUAGCUGCUGUGACAAGGUUGACCAGUCCGGCGAUGCCAUCAACACCGCCGAGGGUCUCCUUGCCGGUCUCCUUGAGGGUGCUUUGGAAUCUGGAGAGCUUGGCCUGUUCGAGGGCUGCUCUAAGCUGAACGUUGCUGCUGUCAUUGGUCUUGCGGAUCUUCUUAACACUCAGUGCAAGCAGACCCCCGCUUGCUGCCAGGAUUCUGGCCUGGAACAGGGCGAUGGCCUUGUCAACGUCGGUCUUCCUUGUGUUGCCCUUGGCAGCCUCCUGUAAACGCCAGCCUCGAUUCAAUACGACUUAUAUCACUGGCAUAGCAUUUGGGGGAAUGAGAUAUGUGGGACCAUAAUGUUGGGGAGAGUGCCAAUUGUAUUAGUAGCCUGCCUUCAGUGAUUUAGUAAAUCCAACUUCAGUCGCUCGUUAUAUCUGGUCCUCUCCUCGUGAUUGCCUUGUGACUUUUUCUAGUCUUUCAAAAUCUUUCCAUCUUCUUACCUCACCGUCUCUUUACACGCCUACCUCUUAUCUCUACCCGUCCCACAA